CUUGACGGUAGAGUAAAGACUUUACAUCCAAACAUACAUGGUGGCAUUCUUGCUAGACGGAACAUUGUUCACCACAUGGAUGCUUUAAGUGAGCAUGGAAUUGGGACAUUUGAUAUUGUGGUUGUGAACCUGUAUCCCUUUUAUUCGAAAGUCACGUCAGCAAGUGGAGUAAAAUUUGAGGAUGGCAUUGAGAAUAUUGACAUUGGUGGCCCAACAUUGAUUCGCGCUGCUGCCAAGAAUCACGUGGAUGUUUUGGUUGUCGUAGACCCUGAAGACUAUCCUUCCCUUCUCAAAUUUCUGCAAGGAAAAGAAGAUAAUCAGCAAUUUCGCAGGCAACUUGCCUGGAAAGCUUUUCAACAUGUUGCUUCCUAUGAUUCAGCAGUUUCAGAAUGGCUGUGGAAGCAAUCUCCACAAGGCAAGUUUCCUCCCAGCCUUACAGUGCCACUUACGAUGAAGUGCGCUCUUCGGUAUGGGGAAAAUCCUCAUCAAAAGGCAGCAUUUUACGACGAUAAGAGUCUCUCUCUGGUGAAUUUUGGAGGCAUUGGAACUGCUAUCCAACAUCAUGGAAAGGAAAUGUCUUACAAUAAUUACUUAGAUGCGGACGCUGCUUGGAACUGUGUCUCAGAGUUUGAAAAGCCUACAUGUGUGAUUGUAAAGCAUACAAAUCCAUGCGGGGUAGCAUCAAGAGAAGACAUCCUUGAAGCUUAUAGAUUGGCUGUGAAAGCAGAUCCUGUUAGUGCAUUUGGUGGAAUUGUUGCCUUCAACACAAUUUUAGAUGAGGAUCUUGCGAAAGAAAUCCGAGAGUUUAGAAGCCCAAACGAUGGCGAAACAAGAAUGUUUUAUGAGAUAAUAAUUGCACCAAACUAUACAGAAAAGGGCCUUGAGAUCUUAUGCGGUAAGUCAAAGAAUUUGAGGAUACUUGAGGCGAAAAGGACUCAAAAGGGAAUGCUCUCGCUCAGACAAGUUAGUGGGGGGUGGUUAGCUCAAGAUUCUGAUGAUUUGAUCCCACGAGAAACUGAAUUUAAGGUUAUGUCGGAUAGGGUCCCCCAGGCAAAUGAGUUGUCAGAUGCGCAAUUUGCGUGGCUCUGUGUAAAGCAUGUGAAGAGCAAUGCAAUUGUCAUUGCUAAGAAUAACUGCAUGUUGGGAAUGGGGAGUGGUCAGCCAAACAGGUUAGAGAGCUUAAGAAUCGCUUUCUCGAAAGCAGGAGAAGAGGCAAAGGGAGCUGCUUUGGCUAGCGAUGCAUUCUUUCCCUUCGCAUGGAAUGAUGCGGUGGAAGAGGCUUGCCGGAAUGGCGUUGAGGUUAUUGCAGAACCUGGAGGAAGUAUUAGAGAUGGAGAUGCUGUAGAUUGCUGCAAUAAAUAUGGAGUCUCUCUGCUCUUCACCAAUGUAAGACAUUUCAGGCAUUGAAAUUGGAGUCUGGACUGGAAGCUGCUUCUAGUUUUUGAAAGAGAGUUCUCUGCUAAAUAAUGGCUUUAUUUCUAAUUUAAAGUUUGCAUUUUGAUGAUGUUGAGAUGCUUACUAUUGCGGCUUUAAUUUUAAAUUUAUAUCUUUGUUGCUCAUUUAAUCACUUUUUUGUGUUAUGUUUGUGUUAUGGAUGAAUGUUAUAUUUUCAUUUUGAAAACGGGAGAGAAGCUGAAAUUAUUUA